AUAUUUGGAUAUCUUUUGCAGCUGAAUCGAGGGUAAGCGCUGAAUCCUGCUUGUUCUUGAUACAGCGGGCGCAGCCUUUGGCCCCAUCCUGUUCGGGUACGACCUCUAGUGACAAUCGAUACUAGUGCACAUCCAUACCGUCAAUACUAUCAGCUGCAACAGGGCGAAGGCAGAAACCUGCCCGUUCGCGGCAACCCUCGCGAUUUCUUGGGUCCGUUUGCCCAAGGUUUUGCGAUAACCCAGAUCUGACAGGAGCACACUCAGAACCACAGAAGCGUGUAGCACAUGCGUAUUACUAUAAGAGACAAGUGCAGCACAAACGCCUCUAGUUUGUUCAUUCAAUCUACGUAUCGAAUUUCCAGGCACUUCGCUAUGUUAUUCUCCAAUUCCACUUUCGCAACCUUUCCACUUGACUUUGGCUUCGACAGGCCUACCGUCCGUAUGCUAUCUCAACCUCAACAUCAUUCGAAUGAGCACAUGAACCAUCGAGCUCUUUCUGUGUUGGUAUUUUGCAUUCUAGCAUUUCCCAUGGCUUUCAAAUUCACGUUUACACGCGAACAUACCCCCAACGACCGGCCACUCCUUGAUUCAUCCAUAUAUAUCUCUGGUUUUUUCCGGCCCAUAGUAUCGAUUUUCAACACGGUCUACUUUGUCUUGAGUCCAAAGACUAUACUGCUUUAUUGCACAAUUGCACAUGGCAAACCGACCCCUUCGAGAAUGGACCUAGUAAACGAAACAGUACAUCUUGUUCAAGGAAAAGAAUACAUCAACCGCCUGUGGAGGCACUCUUUUGGUUCUCGCGCCUUGUCAUUGCACGUUUACUUGUUCAAGCACUGGUUUGCAAUGCCACAAAAGAUCAUCGACAAGUAUCUGGCCGACGACUCCGGAAGUGGCCCCAAACCACACCCUCUAAGCUCUGUGGAGACACAGAACCGUACCGAUAGGCUCAGUCACUCUGUGUUCAAGGAUGUUCUCAGUGGCUCAGACACUGCGUCUCUCUGUCAGCGCUAUGUUCUCCGCUUGUGCAAAGCACUGGAUCAAUCUGAUAUCAGCAUGAGCUGGACAUCCCAGCCAGAUCUUGUGGACUUUGUACGAGGCGCUUUGACGCUGGCCAAUACUGAAGCCUUAUGGGGAACACACCUUACAGAAACGUCGGACUUUUGUGGAGAUUUGACCGAAUUUUUCCAGGAUACGCGGAAGUAUACCUAUCAGCUUCCCCGGUGGCUAAUCCCAAAAGCGUUUGCUCGAAGAGACCGUUUACUGUCUGACUUGCAUCGAUGGCAAUCAUUUGCCACUGGAGUUGAUGGUCACGUUGCACCCUGGGAAGAUAGCAAAUACAAUGAUGGAAAAUGGGGUUCGAAGCGCCUAAGAAAGUGGCAGGCUGAUUUCCUGGAAAUGGAUGAUGCUGACGCUGCGGGAUUGGCUUCGGUUCAUCUGACAUUUGCGUGGGCCGUCAACGUCAGCCUUGGUCCUGCAGCAUUCUGGGCUGUCCAAGAAAUUUUCCGUGAUCCUACCUUACUUGAACGGGUUCGGAGUAGAUUACCACGCGCUCAAUCUGCAGCCGAUGUGACCUCGCUCCUUAGCCAGGCGCAGACGAGGGAGGAGAUAUGUGCAGACCCACUUCUGCAGUCGAUAUACACCGAGAUAUUGAGACUUCGGGUCUGCGCCUUCGUGGUCAGACGAUUUCCUCACGAUUCUGUGGACCUACAUGGGUGGAGAGUGCCGCGAGAUCAGAUCUGCCUCGUAUCGACCCAUAUCGCGCACAUGCACGGCGACGAAUGGAACACGGACGGCGGCAAAGAACCGCUGAACCGCUUCUGGGCCAAUCGGUUCUUGGUACUGAAAACAGACACGGAUACCAAAUUGGCCCCACCAGCCACGAGUAAGCUAUGCCCCGAGGACCCAUGGAAAUUUUCUCUCCGUGGACUUGAGGGCGUUUGGAUUCCGUUUGGUGGGGGCCCAAGAGCAUGCCCUGGUCGUCAUCUAGCCAAACAUCACAUGCUAGUCACGAUGGCGGCCAUGGUCAUGCUUUUCGAUAUUGACAUCGCCGCAAGCGACCGUCCCCUGCGUGCCAGUCAUGCAAAUCAUGGAUUGGGCACAUUACUGCCUGUUGGCAAGGUUCCUUUUAGUAUUAGACGGCGCGUAUAGUUGCUCUGCUAUUCGAGAAGCUUCAAUUCAGCUUAUUCAGACAUCGCGAUUUCACAGAAAUAUACACAUAAGAUCAUUUUGGACCGAAAAUUGUAGCUGUGAAAAGUAA